CACUCCCAACCCCAGCUGAGAUCACACCCAGCAGUCUGCCCGAGAAUACAACACAACCCUUUUUGCCUUGCUCGUUUGAAUGAGUUCACACACCAGAGUCUUUCCAUAAAGCUCCAAAUUCUUGACCAUAUUUGUUAGUCAAGCAUAUAUAUUCAUUCAUUUCAAUGGCUGCUUACGAGAGCGCAGUCGACUUCGAGGACUACUUCCCCUCGAUGAUCGUGAGGCUCGGGGCGGAGGGCUUCAUCGGCGAGCUCUGCAACGGGUUUCAGCUCCUGAUGGACUGCGAGAAGGGGCUGAUCACGUUCGAGAGCCUGAAGAGGAACAGCUUCCUGCUAGGGUUACAGGACAUGGCCGACGACGAGUUCGCGUGCAUGCUGCAGGAAGGCGAUUUGGACGGGGACGGCAAUCUGAACCAGCUGGAGUUUUGCAUCCUCAUGUUCAGACUGAGCCCUGGGCUGAUGGACGGGUCCAAGCAGUGGGUGCAAUCCGAGGUAGAUCAUGUCAUGAUUUGAUUAAUCAUGUAUGAUAAUAAAAGUUCGUUUAUCUCGCAAAAAAUAAAUAUUUUGAAAAAUAUGUUUUUAAAAAUAAUCGUUUAUAUCGCUUACAUAUUUUCAUCGAAAAAAAUUAAACUUAAAGUGUUAUCGAUGAUGAUAACAUUUUUUAUUGGGUAAUUAUUUUAAGCGAUACGAGCGAGAUCAUUUUUAAAAUAAUAUUUUUCAAAUCAUUUAUUUUUUGUGAGACAAACGGACUCCUGUAGCGAUAAUAAUGUAGCUCUCUCGCUCUCUCUUUGUCAGCUUUUCGUCAAACUUGUUGCCAAUAAAAUUGGUAAUUCAUGUUGUGAUCUCGAAUAAGCAAAUAUGAAAAGGACCCGAUCCUCAAUUUCCUAACUUAGAUUUUGGCAUGGAAGAUCGUGGAACAUUUGAUUCUUGAUUGACGGUAGAACUAGAAUCAUGGGGCAUGUUGCUUCUUCUACAACCGUAUCUUUUGGCAAGAGAUAUUUUACUUUGUCCCCAACUUUUUAGCAUUUGGCAUUUGACUUUCAUUUGAUAUUGUCCACUAUGAAAUUGUUAAAAAAUUAAUUCAUCUUACUCAUGGUUGGAGGGA